AAAAAAGAGCAGAAAAAUGGGUGGUAUGGGGAUGACGGUGGCGUCCGUAAAGCCACCGGCGGCGAGAGGAAGAGAUAAUGUGUACGUGGCGGCAGUGCCGUUAAGUGCCACCAACGGACCACCACAGUUGCUUAUGUCCACCGUAUACUCUCUCCGUCUCUCUUGGGAUUUACAGCAUUUCAUGGUAUUAGUUUUUGAUUUUCAACCUCAAGAGCCUGAAAGUAUAUAUACAGCACUUGCAGUUCUAUCUGGCAAGAAAAUACCUGGAGUUCUGCAAAUGAGGAAGAUGAAGAAGUUGCCAAAAACAAAAUGCUGGAUGGUAGGAUCUUGUAAUGUGGAUGUUGUAGAUGCAGUACACAAGUUCAACAGCAACUGGGAUACUGAUUUGAUAAUUGGUCAGCACGAUUGUCGGCAUUACACAAAUGACCCCAAAAAGCAUGAGUCAAGGGAUAGAUUUGUGGCGUUUAUGAGUCUUCUUGAUGGAACGUACUUGUCGCUUGAUAUUAAAGAGUGUUUGUACUGUUGCUGGUCUGAAAUCAAUGGGCUUAAAGGCAUAUAUUCUUUAAGAAAACUAUCUCCCUUGCCAUUUCCAGCUUGUUUAAAAGACGUAAGAAGUGGGGAGAAUCGGAGUUCAGCACUUGAUUUCUAAUGGUGUUGCGAUAGCGAUGGGACUUUAAAGGCUUGAACAUCAAGAUUUCAACCCAUCCAAACAAAACAAGAAUCAGUACACGGUUUUUUGAAUUUUGAUGAACCACAUGUUUCGGGUCCGAGUCCACGCACCAGAUGCUAAAAAUUGUCGUCGAGCCUCAACCACUCUGUUACAUCAUAUAUAGACAAGCAGGUAGCUUUCUUUCACUUUCAGCAACAAUUUGCCUUUGUUCUUUUGCACUUUUUGCUGAAUGAUUGCCACUUGAAUCUUUUCUCUUAUUAUAUGCCUGAUUGCAACUUCCACAUACUUCUGCUAGGCUGGAAUUUAGGAGGCCCAAUAUGCUUAAUUUUGUCUGGUUUGCGACCAUCACUACAACAAACUGGCUUUAUAAGACGCCAAAACUGUUUAAAUGUUUUAAUAGACUGCUUUGUAGGAGUUAA